AGGCUCAGCAAAAGAGUGAGUUUACUUAUUCAGGUUCCACAUCUCGUUGGAUGAAUAUAAUUUAAUAUAAAUUUACCAAAAAAUGUAAGUUCAGUUUAUAAAAAAUAAUUUGGUGUUUUUUAAUUGCGCAGUGUAAAAAUAAAAAACGAGAGUUAAAGUGUUCCAUAGUGCAUGUUUUUUUUAUUUGCCUACGGGGAUGAACUAAGAUUUAAGAUUUUUUUAAUAAUACGAUAAAUUGAAAUAUUUUAUAUUGAACUAUUAAAUCUUCUUAGUAUCUGAAACAUAUUACUUAUUAUGAGAGUGGUAAUAAGAAGAAUAAUAACAUUGAAUAACUAUUUAAAUCUCUUCCCAUUGCUAAAGUAGAGGAAACAAUGGAAAACAUGGCUUUUAACAUGAUAAAAGUGUCGGAGAGUAAAGUUAACAAAGAUAUGGAUAACAUUGAUGACUCGGAAAACAAUGCGAAGGUUUCCGAUUCGGCUUACUCUAACAGUUGCAGUAACAGUCAGGCAAGAAGCCGAAGCUCACAGUCGACGCAUUCAGGAAGUCAUUCCAGCGGCAGUAGUGGAUAUGGUGGAAAACCCUCCACUUCAGGAUACAGUAGCAAUAACGUAAGCCAAGCUCCAGAUAUACGUUGUAAGGUAAAGAAAAAGAAGAAGCAACUAGAAAUUGAUUCUGUAGCGAUCCAAGAAGAAAACCAGAUAGUACCGGAUCCAGAACCUGAAAUUAAACCAAUUGAAAAACAAAGUAAUGAUGAUGAUGCUAGCUCACCUGGCGUGCAGAAAAAUGACUUAUUACAAGUUGAAAUUAAUGACCAAUCGACUAUAGACAAAAGUAGUUCAAAGGAUAAGACAAGUUUGUGCAAUAUCCCGGUACAAACACCAGUAAAGACGUUGUUGACCAAUAAUGAUGGGUUUUCGUGUGUGAUAUCUAUGCAAGACGGAGUGGUUAUGUACACAACAAAUUCCCUCACAAACACAUUGGGUUAUCCAAGGGAUAUGUGGAUUGGACGGUCCUUCAUUGACUUCGUACAUCCUAGGGACCGGAACACCUUCGCAUCACAAAUAACGAACGGUGUUGCUAUCCCAAAAAUUGUACAUCGUACUCAUCACAAAGAUAAUAUAAAACUUUCGUUUUCGAAAAGUAGCACACUUUCCACUAUGGUGUGUCGGAUUCGCCUAUACCGUGGGCUGGGAGUUGGAUUCGGUGUAAAGGCUCGAAUUGUUUCCUUUAUGCCGUUCUUACUUAAACUAUCCUUCAGAAAUAUAAGUGAUGAGGAUGGCGAGGUUAUGUAUUUACUUGUGCAGGCAACUCCGUUCUUUCCAGCUUUUAAAGUUCCAAACGAAAUUGUACCGAAACCUGUACCGUUCGUUAUAAGACACGCGGCAAAUGGAGAUAUAAAGUACAUAGAUCCUGAAUCUGUUCCGUACUUGGGAUAUUCACCUCAAGAUAUAUUAAAUAUGGAUGCACUUCAUCUAUACCAUCCACACGAUCUUGCAUAUUUAAGACAAGUGUACGAAACUAUUGUUAAGGAGGGUGGUGUGACGAAAUCUAAACCAUACAGAAUGAUGACUCAAAAUGGUGACUAUGUUAAACUCGAGACCGAGUGGUCGUCAUUUAUAAACCCGUGGUCAAGAAAAUUGGAAUUCAUUAUUGGAAAACAUACGCUGAUUGAAGGCCCAACUAAUCCUGAUGUAUUUCAAUGUGCUGAAAAGCCUAUGAAAUUAUCUGAAGAUGAUAAGGCCAAAGCUCAAGCCAUGAGAGAAAGCAUAGUUAAGGUCAUGAAUAAGAUAUUAACAAAGCCAGCGGAAGCAGCAAAGCAACAAAUGACCAAACGCUGCCAAGAUUUAGCCUCGUUCAUGGAAGGUCUAAUAGACGAAGCCCCAACGAACGACGAAGACAUCUGUGUUGAUAUUAAGGAGCCUGAUAGCGCCUGUUAUGACUUUUCAGUUCAGGAGCGUGAUUCCGUAAUGCUUGGCGGAAUUUCUCCUCAUCGCGAUUAUCAAGAUAGCAAGUCUAGUGCUGAAACACAAAUAAGUUACAAGCAACUUAAUUACAGCCACACAUUACAAAGGUACUUUGACAGCUAUUUACCUUACUCAGAAUAUGGAAAUUUAGAUUCUGGAGUGGACCAGUCGUCGUCUGAAAGAAAGUCUAACUCUGUCGGGAUAAUUUCGCCACGGGAUCUGGUAGAUUCUGGUGAUAUGACCAGUUCGUGCGAUUCGAGUGCAGCCCAUUUGUCAAAUACUACUACUCCUGUCACCCUGGGAAACUACACAUCUAUCAGAUUGACAGAGACUGCUUUAAACAAGCAUAACUCGAUUAUGGAGAAAGAGUUAAUGAAGAUUCAUAAGCAGAUCAAAUUAUUAAACAAAGAUGAAAAAAAAAAGUCUUCGAAGGAAUCCAGGCUCAAGAAGAAGGAACAUCUUGCGCGUUGUAAUGCAUCUUUCUUCUCCACAUCUGCUAGGAUAUCUACUGUUGAUUCCGAGUCUAUUGGCCUGAAGCGUUCGUCCAAGCAAUCAGAUAUUGCUAACAUCAAGCAGAGGUGUGCUACUGUGAAGUUGCCAAGACGGCACGACAAUACGGACGACGUUCGGCCUUCAACCUCGCAGAACAAUACCACUAUAUCUGCUCCAAUGAUCCCCGCUGUGAACAACAUGGAUAACUUCUUCCUUGGUAUUCCUCAACCGAUGUCUUUAGUGAACCCUGCAGUUACAGGUAUGGUUCCCGUUUGCUACGUGCCUGCAACGCCACAGCAAUUGUCAGGGGACGGAACGAUAAACAAACCUAAUCAAAACACCGUCAAUCAGGCAUUUGCUGUGCCUUGUGUAAUGUAUGGUCAGCCGAUUUAUAGUACCCCGUUAUUAUUUCCGGCGGUAAACCCACAAAUGCAACAGAUGCAGAACAUGCAACAGAUUCAGCAUAUGCAACAAAUGCAGCACAUGCAUCAAAUGCAACAAAUGCAACAGAUGCAGCAAGAUUUUAUGACACAAAACUUUGAUACAGCGACAAUGCAUUCCCUAAAACUGCCAAACACCACUUAUCAGGAGGCUUGUAAACUCACUUUUCCAACGAAGAGUAAGUCGAUCACUACAGCAGUAUUGAAAGAGGAACGGGGAGGAAAACUGACUCAAUCAAAGAAAGAAGGAAGUGGUGAUAGUCGUUCAUCAGCCGCUGUUUCCCUGCUGAGUACAAAAACCAGCGAAAGCAAAAUAAAGACAAGAGUGACAAACAGCGAAGAUACAGUUGACAAAACUGAUGAGGAAUCGAGCUAUUCUUCGUUCUAUUCCAACUUCUUUAAGAGCGAAUCGGGAAGUGCAGAAGACAGUGAUGUUAAAAAGUUAACUAUCUCGUCAAAUAGUCCAUUGUUGUUUCAGCUUUGGACAGGCGCAUCCAGUUCCUUUGAUAAGACUAAAGGUGCUUCUAAGACGUCUAGACGAAAGAUGGACCCUCCCUGGAUGGAGAAAGUGUGUGUGACGUCUGAACUUAUUUACCAAUACCAAAUGCUACCUAAAAAUAUCAAUGAAGUGCUGUCACGUGACCAAGAGCUAUUGCAAACUAUAGAACAGCCUUCAUUAGUGAACGACCAAUUGGGGCAGUUAUAUAUAGAUCUUCAGCUUGAGGGUGUUGAGACAAGGCUGACUUUAGAGGAAGGCAUUACGAGUUCAAGCAGCUCUGGCGAAGAUAACUUCGUUCGAAAGACUAAAGUACAGGUGCGCCGACGUAAACGUGAAUAUAGCAAGCUGGUCAUGAUAUACGAAGAGGAUGCACCUCUUCCAUCUCCAGAUGAAGCAGCGAGUCCCACAUCAUAAUACGUCUGAACCCUAAAUUUCUCAAGUCUAGAUAUUAAGGAAAUAAGUACUCAAAAUGUCUAAUUGUAACACGUUAUCCAAUGAAGUCUCUAAAACUGUGCCCAUUGAUGCCGUAUACGUGAAGGUAAACAUAUUCGAGAAAUUAAUGCAACUUUAAAAAAAACACAAAAAAAAAAACGCCUAAUACAUGCAACCGUGACCAUGCUCGACCUAAACAUUAAACACUGUUUGAUUCAGUUAAAUCAAUGGAAUAUAUGUUUUAAAGUAUGGAAUUCGUAUCAACGUAUUCGCACGUUGUACGUUACUGACGAACUCAGUGCGUGAUUCAAAGGUCUCUUUUCAGAACACUUCAAUUGGACAACGUUAUCGUUUAUAGUGAUGUAAGGAUAUAAACCUAAUGUUUUAUAAAUGCCGUUAUUUAACGAACAAUAUAUUAUUAUAUAAUUAUCUUUCAAAAUCGUAUAUAGAUGCUGUCUUGUUAGGAUGAGAAUUUUAUCUCAAUUUUAUUGAGGCGAAACCUGUCACUACCACCAAAAUUAUAUAUAAAAUUUAAAGAUUUUAACCGUUUAACGGUUUUAGUUAGUUAAUUUUAGCCUAAAUAAAGUUUCGGUGGUUCGUGUUUUGACUUCUGAAUAAACAGCAAUCAGAACACCUUCCGGAAACUGGGCGUAUAAUUAAUACAAUCGUAUAAUGAUCGACUAAAAUGAAAACUCUUUCACUACGUCAAGAAUGUAGUGAUAAAAUAUAGUACAAAGGUUAUUUCUUUUGUUAGUACUAAUUGAUGUCUAAAAUUAAACUUAUGAUAGUAUAUUAAACAUAAUAUAGAUUAUACAAAAUAAAAGAUUCUACCAGAUAUUUGGUCUUUGCUCCAUCUCGGAAAUGAAUUGUUUAGAUGGUCUAAGAUCCCGAUAUAUAACGACCUUCACCGAGAUGCUUAUUUAAUGAAACGUAUUUUAUAUUUAAUUUAAUAUGUCAAUAAAUAUAAUCCAUAUGGGUUGCCUAGCAAAUUUCAGUCCAGAGUAUUUUAAUUAAUAUUAUUCACUUUAGACGAACGCAGAUCCGAUUCCAAUUAAAAUUCUUAUUCAUACAUUUUGUAUUUUCCGCUUAGUUAGGUUAGGUUAGGUAAAUAUUGAUCGGACAUAGAUAGAUACCAUAUACAUAGAAAUAAUAUUAAAAUAUGUUUUUCGUCUAAAGCGAAUAGGCUACCUAUGUAAUGUCGAAAACGUGAGAAGUGAAUGAUUAAAGUAUGGGAGCUUAUAUAUUUUUAUGAAAAAAUAUAUUACAUAUUUACAUAAAAUCAGAUAUAUUUUAUUUAAUAAUAGGAACAAAGUCAAAUUAUUUAUAUACAAAGGUGAUAUGAAUCAAAUAUAUUUUAU